AUGAAAGAUGUGAUUAUGAAUGAAGAAAAAUGUAAUGAUAUUGAGAAAUAUUAUAGGAACCCUUUUAUUAAUACGAAAGAAGAUUAUUUACAUGAAAGGAUUGAAAAGAUUAUAUGUUCCAUACUCCUAAGUCGAAAUAUAAAGAAAGCCAACUGUUUAGUGUUUGAUAUAUUAUUUGAUGUAUUUAUGAAAAUAAUAAAAACGAUAGGAUAUCAUUGUAAAAAAUUUUCAUCUCUUAGAGGUAGUCAUGUUGUAAAUUAUAUAGAUAUAAAAUAUUGCCUAAAAUUAGCUUUUUAUAAUAUAUAUAAUGAAAUAUAUAUAUUGAAAGAUUAUUCCAAACUAUAUCAAGAUAUUAUUUAUUAUCAUAUAUAUGAUGAAGAUGACAAUAAUAAAAAUAAUCUACAUAAUGACAAUGAAAUUAAUAAUAAUAAUUAUAUUUGUGAUGAUAAUCAAGAACAUGUAGGAGAAGAUGAUGGAUUUUAUAAUAAGAAUGAAGAAAGUAAUUUAAGAAAAUCCACAUGUUCAAUGAUGGUAAUAAAAGAAAAAGAAAAUUAUAUUAAUGUUGUUCAAAAUUCUUAUUUAUAUUAUAAACAUUUAUGUACUAAAAAAAAUAAUAAUACAUAUGAUGUAAUAAAUAAUCUUAAUAGUACUAAUAAUUUAUUUACAAAUGAAUUUAAUAACAAAAAUAUUCAAGAUGGUAAUUUAUCAAAUAGCGAAUGUGUUAAUAUUUUAUCCUUGAGAGAAAAUAUUAAUGUCGAAAAAUAUAAAGAAAUCAUGAUGUUAAAAAAAAAUUAUAUACAUGAUCAUAUGCCUAUUAUACCUUUAUCAAUAAAUAGAAAAGAAAAAAUAACUGGAUUUAUAAAUGAAAAGGAUAAUAAUUCCUAUGACCAUAUGAAAUUACAAUCAAAUAAUUUAUUAAACAAUGAUGAACAAAAUAUACAUUCAUCAUCCUACUCAUCAUCUUCGUCAUCAUCCUCCUCUUCAUCAGAUGACAGUCAGGAAAGCGAAAAAAAAUUAAGAGAUUUUUCAAAUAAAAAUUAUAAUUAUUUAAACAAAUACAAUGAUCAUUCGAAUUUAUCACAACAUAUGAUAAAUGAACAUACUAAAGAAAAUAUAUCAAAAGAAAAAAUUGAAAUAUUAAAUCUUCUUCCAAGAUUAAAAGAUAUUUAUGUGCAAAAUGCAAAACAAAAAAAUGACCUGAACAAGUCAGAAAGUCAGGUCUUUAAUUCGCUUAACAUAUAUGAGCAGUUCGAUUAA